AACAGACCCGGCAGCCUGCCCCUCCCUCCCUGCUGGGUCCUGUGUGGGGCAGGAGGAGCCGUCCUCACCCAUUGCCGCUCUCUUCUACAGGAGUAAUGAGCGGGAAGCAGAGAGUGUGACUAUAGACACCACGUAUUCACAUGAGAGAAGUGAAGAAAGCCAGCAGUGAAGAUGAAAAGCAACUGGAAAAUUACAGCUUUCUUUUACGUGUGUAGUUUUCUGUGGUCUUUCAUCUCAGCCACCAUCCAGCAACAAUCAAGACUACCAGUCAUUCUGGGUACCAGUCAUAGAACUGAUCUCUGCCCAACAAUCAGGAUUGGCCAAGAUGACUUACCAGGCUUUGACCUGAUUUCUCAGUUCCAAAUAGAAAAAGCUGCUUCCCAAGGAAUUAUCCAGCGAGUAGUGGGCUCCACUUCUCUGCAAGUGGCUUAUAAAUUGGGACCCAAUGUAGAAUUCAGGAUCCCAACAAGUGCCAUAUAUUCCAACGGAUUGCCCGAUGAAUAUUCCUUUCUAACUACUUUUCGGAUGACUGGGGCCACGCUUCAGAAAUACUGGACUAUUUGGCAGAUUCAGGAUUCUUCAGGAAAAGAACAAGUUGGAGUGAAUCUUAAUGGUCAAAUGAAAAGUGUUGAGUUUUCUUAUAAAGGAGUGGAUGGAAAUCUCCAAACUGCAUCAUUUUUGCAUUUGCCUUUCUUGUUUGACUCCCAAUGGCACAAGCUUAUGAUAAGUGUGGAAGCAAACAGUGUCACACUUUUUAUUGACUGUAUUAAAAUAGAAUCCUUAAACAUAAAACCAAAAGGGAAAAUCAGCAUUGAUGGCUUUGCUGUGCUUGGAAAACUUAAAAAUAAUCCUGAAAUUUCAGUUCCGUUCGAAAUCCAGUGGAUGGUGAUUCACUGCGACCCCCUGCGACCCCAGCGCAAAGGCUGGGGCGACCGGCCGGCCCGGAUAAGCCAGACGGUAAUUGAGAGAGGUCUCCCUGGUCCACCAGGCCCCCCGGGUCCGCCAGGGCCACCAGGAGUUCCCGGCAUCGAUGGCAUCGAUGGGGAGAGAGGUCUGAACGGCCCCCCCGGUCCACCGGGUCCAGAUGGGGAUGCAGGCAAACCAGGAUCCCCUGGCCUGCCUGGAGAGCCGGGAGCUGAUGGAUUCACAGGGCCUGAUGGUUCAGGUGGAGCCACAGGACCAAAAGGACAGAAGGGUGAGCCAGGACUGCCAGGUGCUCGCGGACUUCCGGGCAAGGGGCUUCUUGGACCACCUGGUCCAACUGGUGCAGCAGGACUUCCUGGGGAAGUAGGUCGUGCUGGUCCACCUGGAGAUCCAGGAAAAAGAGGGCCACCAGGGCUACCAGGACCGCCAGGCCCUCGGGGAACAAUUGGCCUGCAAGAUGGUGACCCAUUGUGUCCCAGUGCUUGUCCACCUGGCCGCCCAGGACAUGCUGGCUUAAUGGGAAUGAAGGGACAGAAAGGUUCAAAAGGAGAGUCUGGUGAACCAGGAAAACAAGGUUAUAAGGGUGAAGAAGGGGACCAAGGACCCAGUGGUGAAGUGGGAGCUCAAGGCCCUCCAGGCAUCCUAGGUAUCAGAGGUAUAACUGGUAUAAUGGGACCUAAAGGUACCAAAGGAGCUCGUGGGCUUGAUGGUGAGCCUGGUCCCCAAGGUCUUCCUGGUGCACCUGGGGAUCAAGGACAGAGAGGUCCACUGGGAGAGGCAGGUCCGAAGGGAGAAAGGGGCCCUCAAGGUACAAGAGGAAUAAAUGGUCUCCCUGGGCCUAAAGGAGAGUCUGGCUUACCAGGAGUCGAUGGCCGGGAAGGGAUCCCUGGAAUGCCUGGAGCAAAAGGUGAACCAGGAAAACCCGGAUCUCCAGGUGACACAGGGCUUCAGGGACUUCCAGGUAAUAGAGGUCCCCCUGGGGUGCCAGGUUUGAUGGGAAAUUCUGGUAAACAGGGUGAACAGGGUCCAGAGGGAGAAGUGGGUCCAACAGGUCCCCGGGGACCACCAGGUAGCAGAGGGGAGCCAGGUCCUGCGGGUCCUCCAGGUUUACCAGGGAAAUGGGGUCCCCAGGGUGAUAUUGGACUUCCUGGACUGCCAGGUCCUCCAGGCCUACCUGGUGGUAAGGGUGACCGGGGUUCAGUGGGUGAACCAGGACCUAAGGGUGAACAAGGUGCACCUGGAGCAGAAGGGGAUGGAGGAGAAAAGGGUGACUUAGGUGACAUGGGAUUACCAGGAGCAAAGGGAGCUGUUGGUAAUCCUGGAGACCCUGGUUCCCGUGGGCCUGAGGGAAGUCGGGGACUGCCUGGCAUGGAAGGGCCACGAGGCUCACCUGGACCACGAGGCUUGCAGGGUGAACAGGGUGCCCCAGGUCUGCCUGGCAGCCAAGGUCCAGCUGGAAAAGAACCAACCGAUCAGCACAUUAAGCAGGUUUGCAUGAGAGUCAUGCAAGAACAACUAGCUCAGCUGGCAGCCAGUCUUAGGAGGCCAGAAUUUGGUGCUCCAGGUCUUCCUGGCCGACCGGGGCCACCAGGUGCUCCAGGGCCUGCUGGCGAAAAUGGCUUCCCAGGACAGCUUGGACCCCGUGGCUUGCCUGGCCUUAAAGGUCCCCCUGGUGAGAUCGGUCGUAAAGGUCCUAAAGGUGAACCAGGAGAAAGAGGAGAAAGAGGAUUUCCAGGCAGAGGACUGAAAGGUUACCCUGGACCAAGAGGUCUUCCAGGUGAACCAGGCAAACCCAGCUAUGGCAGGGAAGGCCGUGAUGGUGAACGAGGUCUCCCUGGGGUGGCCGGUCAGCCCGGGGUUCCUGGUCCUCCUGGCCCUCCCGGCCCUCCUGGGUACUGCGAGCCGUCGUCUUGCAGAAUGCAGGCUGGACAGAGAGUUGGUAAGAACAUGAAAGGGCCAUGAAUGGGCAACGCAAAAGGCACAAAGCA